CCCCCCCUCUGCAUCCCCGGCAGCAACUUCCCUGCCGGCUCCCCGCCUCCGCCGCGCUCCAGCCAGCCUGCGCGCUCUCCCGGGCUCUCGGUCGCGCAAGAGCCGCAGCGGGUGUCUCAGGGGACGAUGCUCUGGCUCUCGUGCAGCUCCUGGGCGGCGGCUCCCUUGCUCAGCUCCUCAGGGCUGGUCUUCGCCGGCUGGCUGUGGCUCCACCACCUCGGACUGCCCGUGACGCUGGCGUCUUCCUUCCUGACAGGUUCUGUUGCAAAAUGUGAGAACGAGGGAGAAGUUCUACAGAUCCCAUUUAUCACAGACAACCCUUGCAUAAUGUGCAUUUGCUUGAACAAGGAAGUGACAUGCAAACGCGAGAAGUGUCCUGUACUUUCGAAGACGUGUGCUCUGGUUAUUAAGCAGAGAGGAACAUGCUGUGAGAGAUGUAAAGGUUGCAGUUUUGAAGGAAGUUCAUAUAACAGCUCAGUGUCAUGGCAGACUCCAAAUAAACCCUGUCUCACACAACAGUGUCAAGAAGGAGUGAUAACAGAAUCUGAGGUUCAGUGUAUUGUUCAUUGUCAAAACCCUUACAAGCAACCAGGGAUGUGUUGCCCCACAUGUCCAGGGUGCACACUUGAAGGUAGACAUUUCUCUGAAGGUGAGGAAUUUCAGCCUGACGGGAACAAAUGCAUCACAUGUACUUGUAUUGGUGGAAGGAAACACUGUAUACAGGAAGUGUGCCCCAUUCUUUCAUGUCCCCAACAUCUCAGUCACACUCCUUCUGGACAGUGUUGCCCAAAAUGUGUAGGGCAGAGGAAAGUGUUUGAUCUCCCAUUCGGAAGUUGCCUAUUUCAUAGUGAUGUUUAUGACAAUGGAGCUUCCUUUAUGUAUGACAACUGUACUAAGUGUACAUGCAGGGAUUCCACUGUGGUGUGUAAGAAAAAAUGUUCCCCUCCUGGAGGCUGCAUCAAAGCCAGAGAAGAGUGCUGCAAGGAGUGCAUCUCAUAUGUGUCGCCCGAGGAAACAAAAGCGUGCAAGUUUGGAAAUAAAGUCUUCCAGGAUGGAGAGAUGUGGUCCUCUAUUAACUGUACCAUCUGUGCUUGUGUGAAAGGCAAGACGGAGUGUCGCAAGAAGCAGUGUAUUCCAGUCAGCAGCUGCCCUCAUGGAAAGAUCCUCAACCGAAAAGGAUGCUGUCCCAUUUGCACUGAAAAGCCUGGAGUUUGCACUGUAUUUGGAGACCCCCACUACAACACUUUUGAUGGACGGACAUUUAACUUUCAGGGAACAUGUCAGUACGUUUUGACAAAAGACUGCUCCUCCUCUACCUCGCCCUUCCAGGUGCUGGUUAAGAAUGAUGCCCGAAGGACUCGUUCUUUUUCCUGGACAAAAUCUGUUGACCUUGUGCUGGGUAGCAGCACUGUCAGCCUCCAUCAGCAUCUCACAGUGAAGUGGAAUAGGACUCGCAUUUCUCUACCCUAUGAAACACCACAUUUUCACAUCGACUUGGAAGGAUAUCUGUUGAAAGUGACAACCAAAGCAGGACUGGAAAUCUCUUGGGAUGGAGACAGUUUUGUUGAAGUCAUGGCUGCCCCUCAUCUUAAGGGUCGGCUUUGUGGUCUGUGUGGCAACUACAAUGGGCACAAGAGAGAUGAUCUGAUUGGUGGUGAUGGUCAUUUUAAGUUUGACGUGGACGACUUUGCUGAGUCUUGGCGUGUGGAAUCAAAUGAAUUUUGUACUCGUCCUCCAAGGAAACAGUUUCCUGAAUUGUGCCAAGGAACUGUGAGAGUAAAACUCCGUGCUCAUCGGGAAUGCCAAAAGCUUAAAGCAUGGGAUUUUCAGAUUUGCCACUCAACUGUGGACUACACUAUGUUUUAUCGGUCCUGCGUGACAGAUAUGUGCGAGUGCCCAGUCCAUAAAAACUGCUAUUGUGAGUCAUUUCUAGCCUAUGCCAGAGCUUGUCAGAGGGAAGGUCUGAAGGUCCAUUGGAAACCUGAAGAAAAUUGUGCUGGAACCCAGUGUAAACACGGUGCAGUUUAUAACACAUGCGGUCCUGGUUGUGUGAAGACUUGUGACAACUGGAAUGAGAUUGGUCCUUGCAAUAAGCCAUGUGUUGCGGGAUGCCACUGCCCUGCCAACUUAGUCCACCACAAGGGAAGAUGCAUCAAACCCACUCUCUGUCCACAACGGUGACAUUAGCUUUUACUCCAAGGACACUGAACCUGAUAUCUUGAGUCCCUUUUGAAGCUCAUAGCCAAUAAGGACUGCAGAGUUUGUUGGCAGAUCUUGCAAAACCCUCUUCCAAAGAGAGAAGGAAAUGUGUGUGCCUAUGAAUGUAUAUGUCUAUAUGGAAAUGUACACCAAUACAAACAUAUAUGCAGCUGUAUAUAUACUGUAUGUGUGUGAGAGAGAAAGUGUGCAGAAAGAGCAGAUGUAAAAAUUAAAUUGCCAUAUUCCUUAGCAUCAGUGAACUAAAGGAAAUGGUAGUGGUGUCUGCUACCCACCAGCAUUGCGUGAAGGCCCAUGUGAUGAAGCCCCAAACCAUUGGUAAAUCUAACAGGCAUAGCAUGACCUUACCAUGUGAUGCUCAGUCCAGCAAGAGGCUGUCCCUCACUUCUGUGGGUUUUCUGCAUCAGAUUAAAUGUAUACAGGUUAUUUUCCAUCACAAACCAUUUCCACAGUCAGGAUGUGGAAAGGAGGUAACUCCAGGGUUGAAAUAUGUAUCACCAUAUAUACAUAAAUAUACAUGUGCACGUGCAUAUGAAAAUAUACAUCAUUUAUAUCGAUCAUAGAAGGACAAAUUGUUAUAUGUAUAUAUAUUUUUUUGCUAUUAAGUUUAUGUAUUAGUAUUUAUCUGCUCCUAGGCUGUAGACCAUGUGAAUCUUUCGUAUAACUCAAUCAGACAUUCAGUGGCAAGAAAGUACCCAUCGGAAUACCAAAUUGUUUUCAAUUCUAUUCAUUUUCCAGUUCACGUUUUGGCUAAAUUUUAGAUUUAUCCAGGACUUACUAAUAUUUUUCUCCUCAGAAGUCCUGGAUAACACUUGAAGUAUCUUAAUAAAGAAAACUUGACAAUGCACAUUACGCUUCAUCAGCUCAUUUAAAUGUUGCCCCAGGCUGGUGGGAGCCACUUAGAAUAUGAUAAGGAGGGUAACAUUUAAAGCUUAGAAUCCUAUCUAAAGCCAUUGGCCUGUUAAGUUACACAUAUAGCACUGUGUUGUAAAAGUUAAAAUGUUUUCCAUAUAAACAGUUUUAAGUCUC